AUGUCGAAGCAUCAUCCCGAUUUGAUCAUGUGUCGACGACAGCCCGGUAUAGCUAUCGGGCGUCUAUGCGAGAAAUGUGACGGCAAGUGUCCAGUCUGUGACUCGUACGUGCGACCUGAAACUCUGGUACGGAUCUGCGAUGAGUGUAAUUUUGGGACGUAUGGUGGAAGAUGCAUAAUCUGCGGUUCUCCGGGUAUUUCUGAUGCAUACUAUUGUGCCGAGUGCACACGGCUAGAGAAAGACCGCGAUGGGUGUCCCAAGAUCGUCAACCUUGGUGCUAGUAGAACCGAUCUGUUCUACGAGCGUCGUCGCUUAGGUUUCAAAAAGGGUUGA